AUGGACAGUAAUUGGACUGCCUUGCUCUCAGAUGUUUCCCUCUCAGUUGCCUCCUUCAAAUGGUGCUCUGGCUUCCUCCCACAGUCCAAAGACAUGCUCAUGAGGUUACCUGGUGACUCAAAAUUGUCCUUGACAGCAUCAGGCCUGCAGAUGUUGCUGUGCUUUCCUCCAUUGGACUUCACAUGCACAGAGCUGCUAUCUUUGUUUAACCCAGCCUUGAUCAGCCCUCUGUUAGAACAAACAAACCUGUACAGCUCUCAGUUUGUUCAGCACAGCUCUCUUGUAGAGCAGGCAAAGGAAGUGUCACUUUACCUCCAAAACCAUCAGGUAGGAGUUUCAAAGAAGAACGUGACUGAUGAUAAAGACUGGAAGCUGCUCCUUCUCUUUGUUCAGGUGGAUCAGCUCUGUGCCUGUGAUCACCAACAGGUUCACUCUGUUAUUAGAGGUGUGGUUAACGACGUGGAUGAUGCUCUGCAGCUGCUGCACACUCAGCUAAAGAGGACUAUUGUCAGUGUUGCCUUGUGGGAUGGAGAACAUGACAGUUUUAACAAGGUGUGUCCAUGCAUGGAGGCAAAAAGUGAUGGAGAAGUCAGACUGCAGAAGGCCCUGCUGAGUCACGCUCUGCAGGAGUCCUUGGAUGACCUCCUGGUGAAGAAGCACUGGUUCACUGAUGGAGAAGACUUCACUGUGAUUCUGCAGGACACGCCAUUCAUCCCAGACAUUUCAUCUGUUACUAGUGGAAAGCCUCUCUCUGCGUCACAGGCAUCACAACAAACUGAUAAACUGUUGGUCCAGAUGUGGACAAACCUGCUGCAGCCCACAAGUGACCAACAUAGCAUGGAUGACAAUGGAAAGAUCAUUGCAUUGCCGUGCCCAACUGAGGGCCGACCCUUCCUUAGGACGGAGGGAAACUCUCCCUCAUAUCACCACAGCGAUGCCUCUCUUCUUGUUGAUCCAUUUACAGGCACAGAGAUGCCCUGUGAGGACUUCGGUCCCUCGCCUUCCAUACCCAAAACAGUCCAUGAACUCCGACCAGGUGAUAUUAAUGUGGUGGCUGCUGUGGGAGAUUCUCUAACAGCAGGGAAUGGUAUACCCUCCAGCCCCAACAACAUCCUGGAUGUCCUGCAGCAGUACAGAGGACUGUCCUGGAGUAUUGGUGGAGACAAAAACCUCACAACUGUCACAACACUGCCCAACAUUUUGAAGUAUUUUAACCAGAACGUGACAGGAUACUCUCUUGGCAAGGGUCGACAGCACACUCCUCAAGCUUUCCUCAACCAGGCUGUGGCUGGAGCUAAGAGCAAGGAUGUACUGCCACAGGUGAAAGCCUUGGUGGCGCGGAUGAAGAAUGACUCUAGAAUCAAUUUUGAAUCAGACUGGAAGGUGAUCACCUUUUUUAUUGGUGGAAAUGACAUCUGCGACCACUGCUACAACUCUCUGCUCUACUCUGUGGAUAAUUAUAUCCGUAAUGUUCAAAUCAGCCUGGAUUAUUUACAUAAAGAGGUCCCCCGUGCUCUGGUGAAUUUAAUAGAGCCUCUCCAUAUUGUCCCUUUAAGAGAAAUUCAUACGGAUGCCUCAGCUAAAUGUCCAACUUGGCUGGUAAAUAUUUUGUGCCCUUGCGUUAUCUUGCCAAAGGAAAACUCAGUUGCACUUCAAAUGGUGGAGGACAUCAACAGAGGCUAUCAGCAAGCAGUGUAUGAGCUGGUGGAGUCUGGCCGAUAUGACACCCGCUCAGACUUUACUGUGGUCAUCCAGCCUUUCUUCAAGGAAGUCUAUGUUCCCAGACUGCCGGAUGGCCGUCCUGAUCGCUCCUUCUUCAGUGCUGACUGCUUCCAUCUCAGCCAGAAAGCCCAGACACUGAUGGCUCGAUCCCUCUGGAACAACAUGCUUGAACCUCUGGGCAAUAAAACUUCCAAGCAGGAUUUUUCUUUUGAGGUUGAGCUUAAAUGUCCAACCAAGACUUCACCUUACAUUCGGACCUACAACAACAGUGAUUACUCAUAUGGUGGUCCUGCUCCUACACCUGACCCUAUCACAAACUGGGGAAGUGACUUUACCUGUGUGGACCUCGCUCCAUCUGACACUGCGCCAACUUCAGUUCACAAGCUGAGACCAGCUGACAUUAAGGUGGUGGCAGCCCUGGGAGACUCAAUAACGGCAGGAACUGGCGCCAAAGCAAAGACUGUGUUUGACCUCAAUAAGGAGUAUAAAGGGGUUUCGUGGAGCAUUGGAGGAGAUAAGACUCUGGAGACUGUCACAACACUACCAAACAUCUUAAAGAAGUUCAACCCCGCCUUAAAGGGCUUCUCCAAAGGCACUGGCUCAAGACAGAAGGCUUUCAACAUGGCUGUAGCUGGAGCUAAAACCUCAGCGAUCUCUGCACAAGCCCAAGCUCUCAUCAAGGCCAUGAAAGAACACAAGGAGGUGAACUUUGAGAAUGAUUGGAAACUUGUGACCAUAUUAGUGGGAGGAAAUGAUCUUUGCAGUCACUGCAUUGACCAAAAUAGUCUGUCACCUCAGAACUACAGCCACAACCUCAUGCUCAGUUUGGACAUGUUAUACAACGAGGUACCAAGGCUGUUGGUUAAUGUUGUGGAGCUGUUCCAGAUAGAAACACUGAAAACAGUUAAAAAGAACACACUUGGCUGUUCCCUCCUGCAGAGGACCAGCUGUCCAUGUGUCAUUAACCCAGCUGAAAACUCACCUGAGGUUCAAGUGAUAAGACGAAUCAAUCACGAGUACCAGGCCGAGAUGCAGCAACUUAUCUCUGGAGAUAGAUAUGAUGGAAAAGAAGACUUCGCUGUUGUCCUUCAACCCUUUUUACAAAACUCGUUCAUCCCUCAAACUGGAGAGGGAGAGGCUGACACCAGUUUCUUCUCAGUGGACUGUUUCCACAUCAGUGAGCGAGCUCACGCAGAGAUGGCCAUCGCUCUGUGGAACAAUAUGUUGGAGCCUGUGGGCAGAAAGCAGGCCUACAACAACUUCACAUAUGACCGCUCCAAGAUCCAUUGUCCCUCUGAGGCUAACCCCUUCAUCUUCACUAAAGUCAACAGCCUACCAAGUCCACCAGUGACCCUCACCACCACCUCUGGUCCCUUUACCAUCAUGUCCAGCCCUGCAACAACCAUCCCUGCGCCCGUGUGCUCCCUCUCUUUACCUGUGUGGGUGCCAGUGAUAACAGGCAUUCUCUGCUCACUGGCUGGCAUUUUUGUUGCCUGGGUUUUCCUCUCAAGAUGUAACAAGCAGAAAAACAAAAUGGAGAAAGCAGUGGAACUUAAAGGAACGGGCUUUUAAAGCAGUUGUUCCUACCAGGCUGUCUAUUAUAGAGAGGAUAUUUAAGCCUUAGAACUUUAUCACAAAAUGUGUUACCACUGGAGGGCAGACUUUAUAGAAUAAAUACAUGUAGGAAACAUGACAGCCAUCUGGCCAACUGUUGGAUAUUUUUCCAGUCUUGACAAAUUACUCUGGGUCUCUUUAACUUCUUAAAACACUGUUGCUUGUUUUUUGGAACAGCUGAUUUGAUUUUGGACUUGCAUUUUCAGUUUGUGAAACCAAACUUGCCUAAAAAUUUGAAAGUAUAAGACAGUGAACCCAAGUAAAGCAAUAGAGGCUGUACACAGACAGACUGGGUGUACAUUUUUGAUUGAAGCUGCUGUAUAAGCCAGACGUUCAUGUUGUAGUAAAUAUUAUGGUUAGAUUUAAAAGUACGUCUUAAUGGCAAAUAUGUGUUAAAUUUGUUUAUUGCUUUAUAAAAAUGUUUAAUGUUUUCCAUAUGGACUCCUCUGACCUUGC